CGCACCGAGGAGAGGGGGCAGAGCCCCGCGGGGGGUGGUGGUGGGGGCGGGCCUAUGCCUCCCCCAGGCCUGUGGUGGCAUUGACACAGCUGCCCCGUUACCAUGCCAGCGCUGCUCUGAGGGGUGCCCAGGCCAGGGGAAACAGACCCAGCCAUCUGCCCGUAACCUGUCCCUCUGUCUCCAGUGGCCAUGCCAGCACCGCGAGUCCCCACUGAAGGCCGUCGAGGGCUUCCCCAGCUGUCGACAGCCCUGGGGAGCAAAUGACUGCAGCAAUAAUUGAUGGCCAAGGUCGCCCUCGGCCUGUUGGGGCCAGCUCGUCUUUCCCUGCCCAGAGGUUUAAUUACCUCCGCUAACGACAGCCGGGGCCGGAGACUCCCCUUGCCGCGACGGCACAAUGGUGGAUCCAGUUCCCCAUCAAUCAUUCAUGCCCAGCCGCUGGAAGGGGUUUCUCAGGGGCUGCUUGGCUGGGAAGGAGCGGACAGAUUUUCCAACCUUCCCGGCGUUAAAUAGGUGCCGCUGGGGCUGGCUGGUGGCGUCUGGGCCAUCUGCUGUCCCCACAGGUGUCCCCAUGGGUGUCUUGAGCUGCGUGAAGUACCUGAUGUUCGUCUUCAACGUGCUGGUGUUUGCCGGGGGGACGUGUCUGGUGGGUGUGGGGGUCUGGGUGGCCGUGGACCCAGCUGGUUUCCAGGACAUCGUGGCUGCCAAGGCUGUGUUGAGCGCGGGCGCGUACCUGCUGCUGGCCGUGGGCAUCGCCCUCGCGCUGCUGGGCUUCCUGGGGUGCUGCGGGGCCCUGCGCCGGAGCCGGCCGCUGCUGCUGGUGUUCUUCAUCCUUGUGAGCCUCAUCUUUGUCACGCAGCUGGUUGGGGCUGUUCUUUUCCUGGUGCACUGGAAGCAGAUCCGGCCUGAGCUCUUCCUGACUGAGCUGCGGAGGAACUACCGUGGGGAUGAAGGUGCCGAGGUCUUCUCCACCGCCUGGAACACCCUCAUGGUCACGUUCUCGUGUUGCGGCGUUUUAGGACCCGAAGACUUUGGGAAUGGGUCCCGCUUCCAGGAGCUGCACCCGGGGACACCCUGGCCACGGGCGUGCUGCACCCGGGACGGGGUCCUGCAGGCGGGUGAGCUGCUGGGCUGGGAGCAGUGCCGCGAGAGGAACCCUGGCUACAUCCACGAGCAGGGCUGCUUCUCCACCUUUGGCAGGACCUUGCACAAGUACAUCUCCCUCCCGGGGACCUGCAGCUCGGCCGUGCUGGGCAUCGAGAUCUUCGCCAUGUUCUUCGCCUUUUGCCUUUAUUACAACUUCGACUGAACUGGAUGAAGCGCAGGAGAGACAAGCCAAGGGCUUUGUGAACAGCAGCAGGCAAGGACACUCCAUUUCCUGGCAUAUCAGAGCACAUCUCUUGGUUCAGCUCUCUGAUUACUUCCCCAGGUCCUGCCUCUGCUCCAGCAGGCGCAUAAGGAUGGGCCUGGCUUGCUGUUCUUGGAGCAGGGACGGGACACAGGUUAAAUUCCUCACAGGCAACCACGCAGAGCAGGAGUUCGAGCAACAAACUCGCUCCCGCUGCGACCUGCCGCGGGUGUGCACAGAAUCAGACAGCUCUGGCAACAGGGAGUCCUGCCCCCAGCACCCUCUGACCCGCUGCACCACCAAAACCUCUCCUCCUCAGCCGUGCCAGCUUCUCGCCCUGCACGUCCCCUCCCCGGCACCCUGCUCCUCCUGCGCCCGUCCCGCUCCCAGAUCCCCGGCUCCUCUGGGCUGAUCUUCACCCCCCUCAGCUGGUGUUUUACACUGGCCACAUCCCAGAGACCCAGCAGAGUCGAGACACAGCCCAGGUCACGUUCCAUGGUCUGGGGUGCAACUGGAGCCCAACCAGCUGCUCCAGAGAGCGGAACUGUGGAGCCCUGGGAGUCUCCAGCUUUAAUGACUGACUUAUAGAACUACAGAAUCAUUAAAGGUGGAAAAGACCUCUAGGAUCAUCAAGUCCCACCACCAACCCAACACCCCCAGGCCUCCUAAACCAUGUCCCCAAGGGCCACAUCUGCACGGUGUUUGAACCCCCCCAGGGACGGUGACUCCCCCCCCCUCUCUGGGCAGCCUGUGCCAGGGCCCGACCACUCUGGCACUAAAGACAUUUUCCCAAUAUCCAACCUAAACCUCCCCUGACGCAGCCUGAGGCCGUUCCCUCUCGCCCUGUCACUGGUGACUUGGGAGCAGAGACCAGCCCCCCCCUCACUCCAGCCCCUCUCAGGCAGCUGCAGAGAGCGAGAAGGGCUCCCCUCAGCCCCCUCUUCUCCAGGCUAAACCCCCCCAGCCCCCUCAGCCGCCCCCCAGCACACUUGUGCUCCAGACCCUGCCCCAGCCCCGCUGCCCUUUAUCCUUUAGAAGCCUUGAUGCUACAAGGAAAGUAAGUCUUUACUAGAGGAGGAUUUCCACAAACUAGUCCCGACAUGUCUGUUGCUCAGCUUCCGCUCUCAGUCUGGUCUGAGGCAGGGACAGU